AUGUCGUCCGCCGCCGUCCGGCCGGAGUCGUCGUCAUCGGUCGCUGCCGCGUCGUCCGCCGGCGAGGGCGGCGCCGCCUUCUGGUGCCAUGAGUGCGACAUGAGCGUGGCAGUGCUCUCCUCGUCUUCCUCUGUCGUCUGCCCUAACUGCGGGGGUGACUUCCUGGAGGAGAUGGAGAUGGAUUUCCAGCACCGGCGGUCUCCCUCCUUGCGGGCCUCGUCGGGAACCCUAAUUCCCAUCCAGGAAGACGAGGAAUUCGAUCGAAUUGGGGGUUUCGACGACCUGAUCGAAUUCCCCUUUCGGAGGACCGGCCGCGAUCUCUGGGAGGAGACCUCGCCCUCGAACAUCGAGGACUACUACGAGGUCUUCGAUCGGCUCCUCAGUUACAUCGUAUCUUCGACCUCCGAUGACCACGGUGAUCCCGCUCUCGAAAUCGUCGACUGCGGGAUUCCUCGGCCGGCGGCGAAGUCGUAUGUGGAGUCGAUCCCUGGAGUUGAGAUCACAGAGGAGUUCAUCGCGGCGGAUCCCUUCCUGCUCUGCGCAGUCUGCAAGGAGGAGUUCGUCCUCCAGACCGAGGCGAGGAGGCUUCCCUGCGGCCACAUCUACCAUCAGGAUUGCAUCCUUCCAUGGCUCUCCCGCCACAACUCCUGCCCCGUCUGCCGAUUCCGCCUUCCCACCGACGAUCCCGUCCGGCGACGCCGCCCCGGCGAGGUUCCCGGCGGCGGCAGCGGCAGCGGCAGGGAGGACCAGGUGGAGAGGGACGUCCGGGAGAUCCACCGCAUGCUGAGGUCGCUGUUCCCGGGGAGGGAUCCGCCGCUGGCGGAGGAACAUGACUCAUCACCGGAGCUGGAUGUUGAUUUCCUCGGCAUCGGGCCCAUUCUGAGGCGUAUUGCGGCGAGGCACCAGCUGUCGUUCCCCGGGAGCUCGCCGGAGCCGUCGGCGCCGGGAAGCUCCGUCUCACGGCUGGCGCAGGCUGGGCAGGCUUCGGACGGCCCUGCGAGCAGCUCAGAGACGGUCUCAUCGGUGUGGACUCGCGACGAAGGAACCAGCGCAGGUGGUAGCGCCGCCACCGCCGGUCAGAGGUCCCAGGAAGAGAGGGACCUGGACGUUGCCGAGGCCAGGACCUUCCGCAAUUAG